UGGUACACGCGCAGAGACCUCGCCUCCAUACACCACAGUAUCACUCCUCCCAAGUCCCAAGUGAACGCACGCUCGAUCGAUGGCGAUGCUGCGGCUGAAGUGGGCGGCGGCGCUCGCGGUGCUAGCGGUGGCGGUGGGCACGGCAUCGGCGGCGCAUAGUUCCGCGCCUGCCCCUGGCGCUGCGGCUCCGGCGGCGCAUCAUUCUGCUCCUGCUCCUCCCAUGGCCGCGACACCGCCGGCGCAUCACUCUCCUGCUCCUCCCAUGGCCGCGACGCCGGCCCCGGCGCCGGCGCCGGGGGCGACGAUCAGCCCGGAGUGCAUGGACGCGGUGCUCAACAUGUCCGACUGCCUGCCGUACGUCACGAGCGGGAGCACGGACAAACACCCGGACAAGGCCUGCUGCCCGGAGCUCGACGGCCUGCUGCAGUCCAACCCCGUCUGCCUCUGCCAGCUGCUCGCGGGAGGCGGCGAGUCCUACGGCGUCAGCGUCGACUACAAGCGCGCCAUGGCGCUGCCGGGGGUCUGCCGCCUCAACGCGCCGCCGCUCAGCGCGUGCGCAGCUUUUGGGGUCCCUGUUGGGCCUUCUGCUUCAUCGCCAUUAACAGACGUCUCCCCAUCCGGUACUGGACCGCAAAUGCCUGAGAACCCGCCUUCCCUAUCGCCGUCCAAGUCGGCCAGCUCCAGCCGCUUCACCGCCCGUGGACUCGCCGCUCUCGCCGCGCUACCGCUCGUGAUCACGGCCGCCGCCAUGUUCUAGACCAACAUGAGUUUGGGGCUGUGACAUGUUCUCACACGUCUAGCCCGAUGAUUACAUUCUUCUCCAUUCUUGCCUCACAUUGUCUAUCGUCCGAGAGAUUUUUUUCCGGUUAAUUCGUUCCUUGUGAAUUGUGAUACUACCUCUUUUACUUGCUAUAUUGCUAAAGACGGUGACCUCCUGUGUAGUUCGUAGUUUUACAUCGCUAUCUUCAUCUUGUUACAAUGUUACCUUUGUUA